UGCGAAUAUUCGUUGAUACCUCGGAAUAUCGGAGUGCAAAUUUAACCCUGGCGAUAAAUAUUCUUUGAUAUCUCAAGAGGAAUACAAUUGCCUGUGCACUAGGAGGCUGCCCUCUUUCUCUAUUCUCCUGAUUAAGGUGAUCCUCUGACAAUCGUCAAGAUGUCACCGAUCUACAUCAUCCUUGUCCUUGUCGCCACUGUGCUGGCCGACGAUCCUUGGCCUUCUUGGCCUACCCCAUACCCCAUGUAUCAAGGAUUGGCGGCCGAUGGCACUAUAUUUCCAAACCCCCCAAAUACGAGCACUCCCUUUUUCGUCCCGUACAAUGGAUCCUGGUCAGCUCCAACUCGCUCGUUCCCGCUUCCUGCGGUAGGUCCCGCCAGUGAUGCCCGGAAGGCGCUUAACAAAUCCAUCACCCUCCGUGUGGGUGUCUCCGUAUAUGGGAGCGUUUGUACACCUGACCUCGACUUUUAUUCGCCGCCCGACUGUGAUGUACUGACUGAAACGCGAACGGCGACAUUGCUGGCCCAAGAAGAGAUCAAUGCAAAUCCAUUGAUUCUGCCGGACGCCAAACUUGAGGUGGUUUUCCUCGACAAUGACUUUCCUGACUUGACAAUCCGCUCAACCGUAACGGGCUUUACGGUGGCAAACCCACCUUUAUCCUUGAUGCUGGGAUCAAGUCUAGAUUCCGACACGAUGGUAACAGCUGCAUAUACCAGCGCCUUCAGCUUCCCUCAAAUUGGCGUUAGAUCGGACUCACCCGUAUUCACAGCAUAUCAUGACAACUACAAGUAUUUUUGGCGCCCCUCCAGUGGAGGACAGCGUUACGUCAACAUGGCUUUGAUUGCACAAUCCUUUAACUGGAAACAGGUGGGCAUCAUCGGCGGACAAGAUCAGUAUUCGACCACGGCUGCCCAACAGCUUUCGGAUGCAUGUCAUGAAAUGGGAAUCACAGUCAUAUCGCAGCUUGCCUUCAAAUGGAGUGUGUCAAAAAGGGAUCCCACCGCCUGUUAUUGUUUAAACUGUAAUACUAUGAACCCGGACUGGAAUGCGAUCAACAUGACGACAUGCAAGAGAGAGCUUUCUUCAGGAUUUGCUCAAUUGAAGGGAACGGAUCUUCGAGUGUUUUAUGUGCUCAUGGGAGGCGAGUACCUGAUAGAUCCCCUUCUGCUUUAUUUUACUGCAAGCGAAUUCGGUUUGGUGGGCGAAGAUUAUGUCUGGAUUACAAACUUGCCCGUCAAUAACUAUCCUGAUCGUUAUAUGGUCACAAAUUUUGGUAAAGACUACCUCCCAAAGUUACGAGGACUGCUGGUACCAGACGAUGCACCGACCAUGAACGAUGAAACCAAUCCAACAGAAGCGCUACAGCACCUUUUGGGUAUAUGGCCAUCAUUCGUUGCGCAGAAUUUAGAACGCGUUCAGACCAGUGGCUCCAUAGGGGAUUUCAACGUGCCGUCUCUCCGUAUUAGAGAUUACUAUGACAUUAUGUAUUAUUUUGCCAAUGCCGUCGAUCUAAUCCUCAACAGCCAAAACCUUACAAUGAACGACUGGUAUUCCGAGAAGCUUUACAAGCAGCUUACGAUAGAUGUCUGGAAUUCUACUGGAUACAUUUCGACUACUGGACAGUACAUUUUGACAGAAAAUGGCGAUAGAGUAAUUCCGAGCUUUGUUUACCAAAUGGAUGGAAUUAAUUGGGACACAUCGCCCGCUAUUGCUGCAAUUGUUGAAAACACUCUAAAGUUCGAGGGCCAUUCCGGAGCUACAUGGUUUGGCAGUCGGUUGACCGUCCCUCCCGACCAUCCUAUCCUGCACCUACAACAAGUUUCCGUCCACGAUGGUCUCGGUGCAACGUUCACAGCCUUAUACACAGCAGCCAUAGCGGUCUGUACGGCAAGUCUUGUCACCAUUGUUGUACUGCGAAAGGAUAAACGCAUGACAAAACGUAGCCCUGUGUUCAUUGUCAAUAUCCUGUUGGGAUUAAUAUGUGUCUUGGCGACUAUAUACCCGAAUGUCUUUGGUACAACGCCUCAGACAUGUGCGAUUGAGCGAUGGACUCAAGGCAUAGGAUUUGCGGUGGUCAUGGGAAAUGUUGCAGCAAAGGCAUACCGUAUUUGGCGGAUUUUUGACAAUGCUAAAAUGAAGACCGUCAGUAUACCCAAUAGCGAGCUGAUGAGAUUUAGCGGGAUUAUAAUGCUCAUCGAAAUCAUUCUGUUGGGCAUUUGGACUGGCGUGGACUUUCCAGUCGUUCUUAUGGAGCAAAGUGGAACAAAGUAUAGAUUCGUAUGUGGAGCGCGAAACGAAACGGUCAGCACGGUUCUUACUGCCAUUGUCUAUGCGUGCAACGCGCUUUUGCUGUUUGGAAAUGCGUUUUUGGCUUGGAAGACCCGGAAUGUGGCGACAGACUAUGGGGAAGCAAAGCAUAUUGCGUAUACAGUAUAUAACGUUGUGGUGAUAUGUCUCAUAGUGGUCCCUCAAGCCUACCUUAGCACCUCCACAUCAGCUACUCUUGCAUUCGCAGUGCGAUUCUCUCUGUCGCUGGUCGCAAUCGUCAUAGCAUGGGCCUUACUAGUCGGCAGCCAUCUUUAUAUGAUCUUUGUUCCACCUAGCGGAGACCAUUUGAACAUGAACAUUUCCAGCAUUGGACGGGCGCCCUUUAAUAGUUUGACGAAUACAACCGUGACGAGCCUGGCGGAUGCAUCUACAGUCAAGUACCUCGUCGGGGACUUUUCCUUUCGCGAUGAUUCAAAGUUCUUUAGUGUGUGGAAAAGUUGUCAGCUGCACAUUAUUGGUGCCUCGCGGUGUUCACUCAUGAUUCGAUACUUGUCACAAAAUAAGACACCCGUCCACAAUGUUAUCGAACUUGCCGACGUAAUGGCCGUGGAAAGAAGUAAAGCUGAAGAGGACGAACUAGACACCUUUACCAUUCAAACCAAGUCUUCGAGAUUGACUUUCCAGGCCAAAGAUGUCAAGGAAGCCAGUUCGUGGGUAGUUAUCUUAAAGGCGUUAGUAGAGUCAAAAACACCUGGAAGUAGCGCCGCUGCAAGCGCAACUUGAUUGAUUUUUGGAUCUGGGAUCGAUCUCGACUGUUUCAAGGGCAUUUGGAGAUUAAGUUUUAAUUAGAACUGAAUUAAACCUGCUUCAACACAACAUGUCAUCAACAUGCAGUAUAGAAACAUAGCUCGUCCCUUCCGUCAGCA